AUGGCUCACGCUAUCGGAACUGACCCCUUUGACUCUGGCUUCAACGCUCUCGUCGAGGACCAAAUGGCAAGGUGGAAAAUCCCAGGGAUCAGCAUCUGUGUGGUAGAUGGCCAUAAUAACUACUUUAAUCAGUACGGUUUUGCCAGGCUGCCUGACAAACCCAUGAGAGCACACUCUCUCUUCCCCACCAGCGGCACCACCAAGAGCUUUACCGCAGCGAUCAUGGCAACGGUCAUCGACGACCCCAAAAAAGUACGCGACGACCCGAGCAAAGUACUGGGCCCCGUUCAGUGGAAUACGCCUAUUGCGACGCGGAUACCCUCCCAUUUUGUUCUCUCUGACGAGCACGCUACUACCGUUACCACCAUUGAAGAUGCCCUGUCCCAUCGCAGCGGACUGCCAAACCUCCAGCUCGCCGAGGCCCUACGCCAUCCUGCUCUGAUUAUCGAGGAUCUAGUCCGUCUUCUACGGCAUAUGCCACUCGCACCUGAUCCAGAUCACCGACGCUUCGAGUACUCCAACGAGUCCUAUCAGGUCAUCUCCCACCUUCUCCAGCGAGUCACAGAAAAGCCGUUAGGAGACCUCCUGCGUAAGAACAUUUGGAGUCCGCUCAUCAUGGACAGCACCUACUUCUCGGUUAAUGAGGUCAAGAUCGGCCAAAAUCCCGUUGAUCGACUAGUCCAAGGCUACACCUGGAAUGAAAGAUCUCGACAAUACAUCGCCGAAGACUACAGGUACUGCGCCGCCACCAGUGGUGCCGGCGCCGUGGUCAGCUCGGCCACGGACUACGCCAAGUGGCUACGCUGUUUGCUUUUCGAGACGGCACCGCUCUCCCCAGCCGUGCACCGCACCAUCAAGUUCCCCCGCAUCAUUGUCGAGCGCGGGACGGCCUUCGACCACUUCCUCACACCCGAGCAGCCCUACCACUUAUAUACGCUCGGUUGGUUCCUCGACAGCUACCGGGGGAUGGUGCUCUGUGCAUUCCUUCUGGACCGUCGCCUUGGUGUCGCCGACCCAGCCGAUUCGAUGAUCCGAUCCGUCGAACACGCCAUGAGAGAGGCCGGCCUAGCAGCACCCAACCACUGGGCCCGUGUUCAGCGCCGACUCCCUCCCUCGCUGCCCUUGGACAACUAUGCGGGCACCUACCAGCAUCCCGGGUUCGGGAAGAUCACUCUCGCGGCCCAGAACGGCAUCCUUCACUCGGACCUGACAGAUCGCAUCUGCCAGUCUCUCAUACGAUUGAACCACCUCUCGGGGGAGUACUUUAUCGCGAAACAGGUAAUGCUGAGCGGUCUAUGGGCAAGCUUCGACUCGCCACUCGUGGAGUUUGAGGUAGGGCUCGAGGGGAUCGCUGAGCGUAUGGCGAUUCAUGCGCCUACCUUUCCAGGGAAGAAGGUCUGGUUUGCUCGGGUGGAAGAGGGACCUUGUAGAGACCACCAUUGCUAG